AUAUGUGCAUGCGUUGCAAUGGUGGCUUGGGUUUAAACCACAAAGGAGCAGAAACCAAAAACGAAGGAAGCCAUUGAGUCUGCAGAAUAAACCCAUUAAGAAUUUCUUGAAAAGACAAAGAGAUAAGAAAAGGAAAAGGUUGUUCCGAUCUCAGACAUGGGUAAAGGUGACAUUGAAUCGGGUUUCUCCCAUGGAAGCGACGGCCUCUACCCAUACAUGAUAGAAUCACCAGAGCUCCGAUGGGGAUUCAUUCGAAAAGUCUACAUCAUUAUUUCCGUUCAGCUGCUUUUCACAGCGGCCUUUUCCUCCAUCUUCAUCUUCUUCACACCCGCAAGAAAUUUCGCUCGCUAUAAUAACUAUGCUCCUUUUCUUUUCUUUGGAGCCGCCAUCUUCUCCAUCAUAUUUUUGUUUGUUUUGAGCAAAUAUUACAACAAACACCCCGUCAACCUCAUUCUUCUCGGUCUCUAUACCCUCGGCAUGUCUGUCGCAGUUGGAUACGCUUGUGCUUUUGUCGACGCAAUGAUCGUUAUGGAGGCUGCAUUACUAACAGGUGUGGUAACUGGGAGCCUGACGCUGUACACGUUUUGGGCUGUUAAAAGAGGCAGUGAUUUCAGUUUCCUCGGCCCGUUCCUCUUUGCUUCCCUUAUGGUCAUGUUAUUGUUCUCAAUCAUUCAGGUGUUUUUCCCCUUAGGACCAACUGGGCGUAUGUUCAUUGCUGGGAUUGGAGCACUGAUAAUGUGUGGUUUCAUCGUAUACGACACUGAUGAUCUCAUCAAAAGAUAUACCUACGACGAUUACAUCUGGGCUGCUAUUGCCAUCUAUGGCGACAUCCUCAACCUCUUCAUAUAUCUGCUUACAAUUUUGAACGAGCUUUAAGGUUUUAGCUAGUAUCUCAACUAGGGUUACUAUACUACUCCACGUCCUUACCCCCAAUUACGAGAUGUGAAACAUACGUUAAAAAACAUUAUUUAUUUUAUCAGCGCUGAACUUUUGUAAUCAAACAAGCCUCGAUUACUCAAGUUGAGA